GUCUUUCGCUCGCUCGCCUUUGUCUGACCUUUCCUGCCUAUCUGACCUGCUUCCCUGGCCCCCCUCCCCCAGACGCCCUUUUUCGACCGUGAUCCUCGUACUUCCCGCGGCUGCGACAGGCGUGCACGAACCCGUAGCAACGGGCCCGCCUUGCAUGCGAAAUCAGCGAGACCCCCCGGCCCCGUUCGUGAGUUCUAGGCGAACGUAAUAUAUCCAUGCCCAACCCCAUCUGCCAAAGUUAAGACACUCCACAGCCGCACGACCAGUGUUGGCCGGCCGUGUAGGCGAGCCCAGCAAAGAGCACCCUUUCGGCUGAUACUUCCCUCUCCCGCUACCACCUCCCCGCCGCACCGCACAGCCCGUUUCCCUUAUUUAUCUUUUGAUUAUUCUUCUUUCUCAACCACGGCCCGCCGCUCUGUGCCGUGGCGGACAAGCCUAGUUCCCGUUUGUCUCAGCGGGUAAUUCUGGGGCCGCUGAAGAUCACCCCUCUUCGUCCUAUCUAACGAGCUCGUCCUCCCCCCCGCCGCCGCCAUCGCAGCGUGUUUGCUUCGCCUCCCAAAACCAACGCCUCAGGACAAGCUCGCCUGGAGAUGAACUGAAUGUAUCGUCGCCGCCGCCGUCGCCGUCCUCGAUGAUCCCAAGGCCGAAUCUACAGCAGACGGGCCCUCAGAUGGCGCCUUUUUUCGGUCCCGACCUUCCGCCGGGCAUGCUUAGCUUGAGCACGUCGCCGAGCUCGACGGCGUCGUCAGGCGAUUCGCCCAACACGAGCACGACGCUGACCUUCCAGGUCGCAUUCACGCGGGAGAGCCCAAUGUCGUUGGGAGAUGCCGAUGUCGUCCCCAAGAUCGAGGAGCUCGACGAGGACGCCUCGCUAGGAACCAAAAUCGAAAGCCCGCCGGAAGACCAGCGAAGUCGAGAAGAGCAGGACGCAGACACCACACAGACGCCGAACGGCACCAUCACACGGCGACCUCGUGGCAGGCCGAGAAAGCACCCGAAAACACCGCCCUCGGCGACCACCAAGGCGCCAAAGGGCCGGAGCAAGACGGGCUGUCUGACGUGUCGGAGACGGAAGAAGAAGUGCGACGAGACAAAGCCAGCUUGUCUGCACUGCCAGAAGAACAAUGUGCACUGCGAAGGCUAUCCGCCAAAGGACUAUUGGCAAAGCGGGAAGCAGCGGGCACUAAAAGGUAAGCGUACCAUGCGAGACUGCAAAAACUCGCCCGUCGAAGCUCACACAGACACACGCGCAGACCGCAGAGUUAGCCUGAGUCGACCCCCGCGCGAGCUGCCCAUGAUGGUCCAAGGGCUUGAGAACGACGUGGACUGGUUCUUCUUCGACCACUUCAACAUGCAACUGUCGCGCGUGCUGAGUCUCUUCACAGACAAGAACAACCCCUUCAAAGAGCUGCUCUUGCCGAUGGCCACAACGCAUCCGGGCUUGAUGCACUCCAUCCUCUGCCUUUCCGGAGCACACCUCGUGGCUCGUGAGCCCAGCGCGCGCUUUGAGGACAGACAGGCACACCACUUCAACCGUGCGCUGCAACACUUGCGUACCAACGUCUCGAAGCCUCCACAGGUUGAAGGCGGGGAGGCCGUGGUGAUCGAUGAUCCUACUGUCGCCCAGGUCCUCGUGCUCUGUCUUCGGUCGAUAUGCGCAGGCGAAACAAACGGGGAGUAUCGACCCCACCUCGACAUGGCGAAGCACCUCGUUAAAACACAACCGUCGCGAAAUCCAGAAUUCCGAGCGUUCUUGCUCGAAUUCUUCAUCUACCACGACGUUUCGAAUUCUAUCACCGCCCUGGAUCGUCCGUCGAUACUGAUGAACGAAGAAUUUAGCCUGCCCGAUUUCGUGCAGCCAGAUGCAGGCAUGUUCCUCGGAGUUGCCGACCGUCUGUUUGUAUCCCUCUCGAAGACGAGAGUGCUGCGCGACCGGGUGCGUGCGCGCCGGGAACAAGGCAUCAAACCAGUCGUCGACUACAUGAUCCUAAAGGACGCCCAAGCCAUCGAUCAAAGCCUACGCGAGUGGGACUCUCACCAGCCAGAAGGAAGUCCGAAACGGAUCAUGGCCUACCUCUAUCGCCAAUGCGCCUGGCUUUAUCUGCAUCGAACCAUCAUGCCACCCGUGCCGAACCCGCAAAUCCACGACGCCGUCGAGGAGGGCUUGCAUUUCUUGCGCAACUUGCCCCCCGACUCAUCAAGCAUGAGCGUUCUUCUCAUGCCGCUCUAUCUUCUUGGGCUCUGCGCCUUUGCCGAAGAGCAGCGGCCGGACAUCCUGAAGGCGUUCGACGAUCUCCAGAGCUACAGCAACCUUGGCAACAUAAAGCACGCGCGGAGACUGAUUCACAAGAUGUGGGAAUUGAUGGACGCCGGCGACGAGGGCGCCUGGGACUUUGAAAAGGUUCAGAAGCAGAUGGGUUUGGACUUUCUCGUGACAUAACUUUCUUGGUGCGCGCUUAUUUUUUUCUUUUACUACCUGCGAAUGUGCAAGCCGGAAUCAGGAUAGUCUCGAGAGCAUGUUUAUACCCCCAUUCGAGGUCCGGAAUCUUAUUGUUGUAAGAUGCAUUAUUGGUGGCUUUGGGACAUUUGUAAUAUUCUGCGCCCAUAUAUUCAUUCUGGAGAACGGGACGGCUAGGUGGAACUUUUUGGGAGUCUACGGCUCUUUGGGGGAAAAAAACAAGGACGCCCCGGCGUGCCACCUGUCACGUCUCUUUUCUUCUCCUUCUUGAGACGACCAUGUACGAUUUGAAUAGCAAGAGCUUCUCAGACUUUUGUGUGUUGGUAGGGAGAGGUCUGCCGCGGUCUGAUCCUCUUUGUGGUUGUGCGCAUUGCACCAGUGGAUCAUGCGAGCUUACGGUUUCAGGCGACUCGGUAUGCCUGGAGAGUAACGAAUACAUCUGUUGACACGCACGCGCCACAGAACAAUAGUUCCUUCAAUCACGACAGUCAUGCACACAACUUUCCAACGUACAAGUGCCGAAGCUGCGCCUAGUCGUACGAUUACCCCUUUUCAGCGUCCGGCAGUUAACUGAUCGGCCUUUUUUUUU